AUGAACAAUCCAUGUCAACACAAUGGACUUUGUAUAGUAAUGGAUGAUCGUAUUAAUUUACAUGGAUUUAUCUGCGUUUGCAAAGAAGGUUAUCAAGGUGAACGAUGUCAAUAUAAAAGCAAUCAAAUCGAUAUUCGUAUAGAUGAGACAAUACUAACAAUAAGUUCAUCAUUCAUUCUACACUACAUAAUAGCAUUUGACAGAUAUACACAACAUAAACGAAUGACUACACUUAAAAAGAUUGCUUUCGGUUGCAAUACUAUGAGCAUUUAUGUACGACAACCAUAUAACAUUCUCUUCAUACAAAUACCUGAUGGUAAUUAUUAUCUAACUGUAUUAAGAGAAAGAUAUAUACCAUCCGAAUAUAUUCAUACUCAAGUAUUACCAAAAAAUCGAUGUUAUUCAGUUCUUGAUCUUUUUAAUGAUACUUUUCGUCGGUAUGAAUAUUUACGUCGAGUGAAAUAUUAUCCACUUUUAUGUCGUCAAGAUUCACAAUUGAUGUGCUUUUAUGAUGAGUACUACAUGUGUAUAUGUGAUAGUGAUCGUUUUUCAAAUUGUUUCCAAUUUAAUCAUACGAUGAAAUACGAUUGUAGCGGAAAAAAUCUUUGUUAUAAUGAUGGUCGAUGUUUUCUCAACAAUGAAAUCUGUUCAACAAUAUCUAUUUGUGUGUGUCAUGAUUGUUACUAUGGAACACAAUGUCAAUUUUCAACAAAAGGUUUCAUUUUUUCACUCGACCCGAUUCUUGGAUAUCAUAUUAAACCAAGUAUUUCGUUUCGUCGACAACCAUUUAUUGUCAAAUUCAGCAUUAUUAUUACUACAAUUAUGUUGAUUUCAGAAUUAAUCAUGGGUUCAAUAUCUAUAGCAACAUUUCAAGUAAAAAGAUUAAGAGAAGUUGGUUGUGGUUAUUAUCUUUUUGUAUCAUCAAUUAGUUCAAUGUGUAUGAUUAUUAUAUUAACAAUUAAAUUUUGGCAACUUGUUCUUUCACAAAUGUCAAUCAUAACUAAUAGAUCAAUACUCUCUAUUAAUUGUAUUUUAAUUGAAAUGAUUCUUAAAUCUUGUUUAGCAUCAAGUGAAUGGUUUAAUGCUUGUGUAGCUAUUGAAAGAACGUUUAGUGCUAUCAAAGGUGUGACAUUUAACAAAAAUAAGAGUAAGAUAAUGGCUAAACGAGUGAUUUUAGUUGUUAUUAUUUUAACAACAAUUACACAUAUUCAUGAUCCACUUUAUCGACAAUUGAUUACUGAUUUAGAUGGGGAUCAACAACGAAUAUGGUGUAUAUCUCAAUAUUCAUCUACAGUAACUAAAUACAACACAUUUAUUACUCUUUUUCAUUUUCUUGUUCCAUUUUCAAUCAAUUUGAUAGCUGCUAUAGUACUUAUUAGAGUAGCAGCUCGUAGUCGCUUUCAAGUAAUGCCGCAACAAUCAUUCGUGCAAAACUUUCAAUCGAAACUUAAACAACACAAACACAUUAUUAUUGCACCUAGUAUUUUGUUAUUAUUAGGUUUACCACGUCUUAUUGUUUCAUUCACCUUAGGAUGUAUGAGAUCACCACGUCAAUCUUGGUUAUAUUUGAUUGGCUAUUUUGUAUCGUUUAUACCAUCAAUGUCACUAUUNACGUAA